AUGGAUCCCACAAAGCGAGCAGGCAUCGAUCGGGAGCUUUUGGGCAUCGCCGAACCCAUCGCCGAAUCCCCGAUUUCAAACGGACCAACGACCGGAAUAACAUCGUCGAAUCAAAUUCAGGCACCUCAGCUCGGACACUCCGUUUCGACUUCCCAAAACUCAGAAGUGGGGACAAAAGAUGCUAGUCAAAGCGAUUUGCUCUUCUCAUGGCGUAUCAGUGUCACCGACGAAGACUUUACUGAAACGCGUCACGAAGAAGUUGCAGGGAACUUGCCGCUCAUCAACGAAGGAAAUCGGAACCUAGGAUCAUUUGGAGGCUGUUCAUCCGAUGCUGGAGCCUCAAACUGCAGCUUCCUUAGUAUCGUGCCUGUGCAGGAUAUGGGUCAUUCAGAUUACAUUGAGUGGGAGUCAUCAGAGAUGGCGAAUGAUUGUAUUGGGACUCAGGCAUUACAUUCUCAUCAUCCUGCACUACGGCCUCAGGACAAUACCAACGAUGACGCCGAUGUUCAAACCAUGAGCGACGCCAUGUUUGCCGCCAGCAUAACUUCAGCCUCGGAAGAUAAAGGCUUUCUGCCUCUCGAUGCACUCCGCCGCAUCGUAACUCCGACGGCCGUACAACGGCUUUUGGGGCAUGCAUUCCCUCACUUCAAGCCCAAAGUCAUCAACAGCUGGGUCUCCAGUAUCAGCGGCAAGCCAGAUGAGGUCAAGGCCCAGCCCCAGCGACGAAAGAUAUUUGCUAUCUUGAUUUUGAUGGAGCAAGUGAAGCUGAUCGAAGACUUCAUUAAACACGACAUCGAUGACAGCGUUUUGCCGCUAGAAAUAAAACGGAAUUUGCGUCACAAACCUGUCAUCCAACUUCAAAAGAAGGACGGUACGGUCUUGAGUUGUUUGAACCAUUGGCGUACCAAGCACAUCAACAAUUUUGUUCAGUGCCAGGAGACAAUUUGCACACCUUUUUUCAAACUUCCAGGCGAUGACGUGCACUACUACGAUAUUACAUCAAAAACAAUCCUACCAUUCCAGGAAUACGACCUAGUUCAAAUUGGCGGCUAUGGAAGCGUUAGAAAAGUCAGAAUCCACCACGCUCAUUACAGUCGCGACACUACAUCCAAGGCAAGUCACAACCCUCCUCUUACAACUGCACUUGUUUUCUAA